AUGGAAACCGGGGCCGUUUACCUGCCAAAGAAAUCCGCCAGCAGUCUCGAAACCAACAGCCAGUUAAUCUCAACAGGUGUGAUUGCUGAACUUAGAAAUCUGCAAGUCGGGAUUAAUAUGGGCGAAUUCAACAAUAAAAAGAAACAGGGCUCCUUCCCUUGGUUGAAUGUAGCUGGAACUCCGGGAAUACCAGGUACUGAUGGGGUGAAUGGAGUUUAUGGGAAAAAUGGAAAAGGUGGCAAUGAUGGUGCAGCCGGACCUGUUGGAUCGCAAAGGAGAACAGCCAGGAACAAAAGGAGAAGCUUUGUAGAGACAUUAAUGUCGGUCAAUUUUCUGAUGACACUCGAUGCCACAUCACCCUCCGCCUUCUCCUUGAUUGCUGACGACUGGUUCACGAGCAACAGGGUGAUUGCGAACGCUGGUAAAACCGGCCUUCUCUACACCUCUUCUCCUCAGCGCUGGGAUCUGAUCGAGUGUGAGCCACUUCUGGUUGGCGACGUCCUGAUUCAACCAUCUGACACCAUCCUUCACUUGGGUGUCAUCAUCGACCAUCAUCUUCGUCUCUCCCAGCACAUCUCUUCUCUUCGAAGGCAGUGCUUUUUCCAACUACACCGCAUCGGCCGCAUUAGACGUUAUCUUACUGAUGAUUCUGCCAAGAUCCUUGUUAAUGCCCUGGUUCUGUCGAGACUUGACUAUUGCAACUCACUUUUUGUUGGCCUUCUCAAAAAAGACAUCCAUCGCCUUCAAGUAAUUCAAAACGCCGCCGCUCGUCUCAUAUUUCGCAAGAAGCCAUCUGAUGAUGCGACGGUUCUUUUGAAGAAGCUGCAUUGGCUCCCCAUCUCUCAACGUUCACCUGGAAAAGAUGGCCGCGAUGGACUUCCCGGGCCCCCUGGAAUGGUCGGACCACCGGGUUUGCGAGGCAUUCAAGGAUUAACUGGGCCGCUAGGAGCUGCACGAGUGCCCGGAGAAGAGGGGGAAGUGGGCAAAGACGGACGAGAUGGAUCAGACGGAAUCAACGGCAAAGAUGGGACAGUACUUGGUCCUGCAGGACCUAAAAUUGGAUCUAGCGGGAAAGAUGCCAAGGACGGUAAAAACGGCCAAGCGGGCAAAGGAGGCCGAAUCCCUCCAGGUCUAAUUAGUGUUGAUGGAAAGGACGGAACAGAUGGCGUCGAUGACAAAGAUGAAAGCGAUGGGCAGCAAGGAUUGGUUGGUCCCCGAGGGCAAAACGAAAAAGAUGGGGCUUCCGGACAAUAUGGGCAGCCUGGCCAAUACGGAACAGAUGGCAAAGAUGGGCAAAGUGGUACUCCUGGCUCGGUUGCUCCUGCAGGAACGCCCGGAAGUGACGGCACUGGGGGUCAAGCAGGAACAGGAGGUCCUCCUGGUAUUCCUGGACUGGUUGGAAUUGCAGGUGUUCAUGGCACAGCAGGAGCGCCCUGA